UGACCCUUAACCGCCAAGGAUCGCCACGGAUAGGCCUAACUAAUCAAUCUCCUAGUUUUUGAGUCUAGAUUUGCAAAAUGCCGCCAGUCCGUGACUUUGUAUGCGUUAUUUUGUUUUUCUCUAUGGUACAUUCAUGACCGCCUUGCUUCAGAUUUUAGCUCCGUUUGCUAUAAACCUAUUGAUAAGAAAAAGUGCGGAGGCCUAGCGGGUCAGGAUGGGCAAAAUUCUGUCCAAAAUUUUUGGCAACAAGGAAAUGCGAAUAUUAAUGUUAGGGCUAGAUGCUGCUGGAAAAACAACUAUCUUGUACAAAAUGAAACUUGGCCAGUCUGUAACUACAAUACCUACUGUUGGAUUCAAUGUAGAAACAGUAACUUAUAAAAAUGUUAAAUUUAAUGUUUGGGAUGUUGGAGGCCAAGACAAAAUUAGACCACUUUGGCGGCACUAUUAUACUGGCACCCAAGGUCUUAUAUUUGUUGUGGACUGUGCUGACCGAGAUCGUAUUGAUGAGGCUCGUCAGGAAUUACAUCGGAUCAUUAAUGAUCGGGAAAUGCGGGACGCUAUCAUACUGAUAUUUGCAAAUAAGCAAGAUCUCCCAGAUGCCAUGAAACCACACGAAAUCCAGGAGAAGCUGGGACUCACUCGUAUAAGAGACCGAAACUGGUAUGUACAGCCCUCGUGUGCGACAACAGGGGAUGGCUUAUACGAGGGACUGACGUGGCUCACAUCAAACCACAAACUAUGAGGUGAGAACUGCCCAACCUUUUGCUGCCAGGGCUGCCAGGGGUCCAAGACUGAAACUGCUAUCGUCCAUUAGGCACUCAUUGAGAUUCUGUCAUAAGUUUACGUGUAACACCAUCAGACACAAAGGGUUGUCUGCUUCAUCUGGGUGCAACAUUAUCUGGAUGAGUGUAAACUGUUGGGCCGUAAUCCUGUUCAUAUUUGAUGAUCUGUAGAUCAUUCAUCAUGGUAGAUUAGACAAAUCUAAAUCUUUGCAAGUCAGUCUUUCUUGUUUGUUCUGAUACUUUGGCAGAGCCAGUAGUUUUAUAUUUGUACAUAAGAGAAAAUGUGUCAGAAUUUCACACCAUCACACUCACCACAGUCAGGUUUUCUGAAGUCUGACUUAAGGUAGAGAUUGUUCUUAUUUUAAUUUCAUCUCAUGUGUGUUAGUUUCAUUGUACAUUUAAAUUAUAAUGACACACUCUGGCUUCUCUUAAAUGUGAUGUGUUGUGGCCUACCUACCGUACUGUCUUUUAAUUCAGAAGUUCAAAUUGUGCUGUAAAUAGUUUUGAGUGAUAAUUGAGUGAGUGCGGUUUCUGGUAAUUGGGUCCCAGCAAUAAGAAGUUGACAUUUCUGAAGUUGCUUUUAUCCCAUCUUGCCAUUGUCAAUUUUGAUAGGAAGCCAUGCUCUUUAUACAUUUCUUGUUGUAAAUGUAAAUAUAGAUUAUAUUAUAAUUAUCAAGCAAGGACCUUUGCUCUAGUAAGCAAUAAAGUGGGUUGUAAAUAAAGAGUUAAAUAUUUAUGUACAUUAAAUAACAUGAUUACUGGCUCAAUUCACAUAUUUAUUGGUUUUGUUGUUUCCUUUUUAUAAAAAAUUUCUAUUUUUGUGCUUUUAUUUUCUCAUUGUGAAGCUUUGGCUGGUAACUUGUAGACUCUUGCUGUAGGGGUUUCUUGAUAAUUAUCAGUUUCAAAACGACUAACUGAAAAUUUAAUGUCAAUACUGUCUAUGCAUUUUGUUUUCUGUUUCUUUACCAAGGUGUGGAAUGAAUUUAAUUUACUCUCAAAACAUGUACAUGAGCACAUUUAAUUUAUUACCUGUGUUAACUCGAAUGUAGUUUUGGAGGCAUUGGUGUUAUGUACCUUUAGCCUGUAUAUUGCACACUACACACAUUCCAUCAUAUUUUUAAUGCAGGUAUGUUACCAAGUCAAGAUGGCAUUCCUGUCACAUAUGUUUAUUCAUUUAUUUUUCUAUGUAACCCUAUUGAGGUAAUGCCUCUUGCCAUGUAACGCAUCCCCUCCUGUUCUGAUAUGAUUUUAAAAUAUUAACUGGCUCUUUAUGGAUUUCAGAAAUAACAUAUUUUAAACAGAGAAAAAACUGAAAUUAUUUAGCAUGCAGAUGUCGUUACUUUAAUUGUAAUUAUAUUUAUGAACUUGUUUGCUAUGCGUUUGCCACAUUCGAGUAAAAUGGAUACUUGGUGCUUUCUGCCGAUACUCUGUGAGAAUACCCUUCCACCAUUGUCACCUUCACCCCUUAUGAACUACCGAUUUGGCCACAGGACGUCUCUUCCUUCUCAAAAAUUGUCUCUGGUGCAAAGGGCUUUUUCUCUUCUGUGUGCCCCUUGGCACACUUGCAUGGUGGUGCCAGCCACCUGUAGAUAACUAAUUGGUGUUCACCCCUAAAAAAUAAAAAAUUAGUGUAGAUAGGAUAUUUAAGAUUUUAAGACAUUCUUAGACUGACAUUUCGUUUUUGUUUGGUGGGGUUGAACCACGAUGUUAAAGCUGGUUGCUGGAUGCCAUCUCUUCAGCUAAAAGCGUAUUUAUUCAUAAAUUGGUUGACACCAUUGCUGCAGGUUUACUGUUGCCAAAAUUUAGAACUUUGUUCCUCAUUAUGCUGCAGAUAGCUUCUCUAUUUUCUUCUUCUUUAUUUCUCAUUUGUGUGUCAAGUCACGUGUGAACCAGAGUUGGGGACUGAAGAAUGGUUCUGCUUUCCCCAUUCAGAGGCAAGCAGAGGACUGAUUCUGUUCGAAGAUACCUUACUUUGUUCACCUCUUUUCACUGGAAAGAAAUAUUUGGAAUGAUAACCGAAUGGACUAUUUCAGCUAGUACUGAAUGAUGUGUUUUUUGUGCAAUGCGUUUGUUGAAAUUUAAGCCAAUUUUGCUUAUGUAGAUUAUCUUCCCAGUCCAGGGACCACAUCUUUUUAAAAUUAGUUUAAAUGAGGCUCUGAAUAGUUUGCUUGAAUUAAGAGACUGCCUAAGAAGUAACCUCAGUUUGGUGAAAGGAGACACAUGGGAUGAGCUGGGACCUCCCUUGUACUAGAGUUGUAUCCUUGGUCAAACAAACGGAAUAGAGGAAAGCUCUUCCUGGAGUCGGGAUUUGAACUCGCAGAACUAAGACUCAACUGCCUUUGGAUCAAACAAGACCUGUUUAGUGCUCUGCUGGUUUUCAUCCAUUCUAAUUCAAUUGAUUGUUUCUGCCUGUGUGUCAAGUUAAACAUUCUGACUAAAAGUUGUAGGUCAUUUUGAAUGGUGCUUCAAAUAUGCCUAGCGUUUCAGAGAAGUUAAUAGUGGUCUUAGUUGAUCCAGUUUGAAACUUGAAAAAUUUUAAGGAAUGUCUUCCUUUACACAGGAAAGUGAUCAAAAGUACAUUAGACCAUGAAUGUUAUUUUCUGUAUAUAUACUGGUGAUGGCACUACUCACAACUGUCCAUAAUUUGGUGACAGUUCUGUGGUCUGGUCUAACAGUGUUUUAGUUGAUUAGUAACUGGAUCAGAAUUCAUGGACGGGGGCUUGUAUUUAUGUGGCUUGAAGUUUUUCAUCCAGCAGAAGAAAUGAAACACCAAGAAAGCUAGUGUUUGGGUUACCUCAUAUUAAAUAAAAAAUUUGAACUGGUUAGAUUUCAAAAGUUUUACUGCUAAUGAGACAAAGAUGUUGUGACUCCUUUGUAUUUCUUAGUGUUGUGGAUUGUGUUAUCCAAUUGUGAUAUGUCAUCAUUUGAAUUGACAUUUUGGCUAAGGCAUCUUUAUAGCGCUUAGAGGAAAAGGUUUCUUUCUUUUAUCAUCACUAACAAACAAGCCCAUUUUGAAUUUCUGGUGCCAAUCAUAUAUGUAAUGUAGCUGCUAGAUGUUAUUUGCUGUAUCUAUUUUGUCUUCUUUUGCACAUUUGUGUAUAUACUCCUAUAUACAUGCAUAUAAAUAUGUAUAUAUAUACAUACCCAUAUAUAUACAUAUUUAUACUGUAAGGCCAUGAAAAUUACAAAUGAGUUUCCUUGAUUUAUUGAGGUAUAAGGGUAAAUAUUUUGUUUUGUUUUGUAUAUUUCACAAAGCACAUUUCCUCUGACAAUUAUUUAGCAGUAUCUAUUGAAACAACAAGUAGGUGUUUAGAUGUGCUUCUUAAGGUUGUUUCAAUGCCAAAGUAAAGUAUCAGUUAACUAUUGUUCAAUAAUCUGCUCAAUUUACAAAUAAAUGUUGCAGUUAUCUGUUAGAAAGCCUAAAAUCAGUUUUUGAAACUUAUAUUUUAUUCAUAUUGGUAUUCUCUGCAGUUAUUUUUCUCAUUAAAAGUGGCUGACUUUUCUUGUAUGUUCAAAGAGCUUUUUUUUUGGUAAAUCCCAUCAUUAUGCCAUUUAAGGUCAUCUGUGCUCUUUGUCUACUUAGAUUCUAUACAAUCCUCUGAUUGAGAUACUCAUCCAACAAGCUACAUGUAUUUAUUAACUGUAGGUUUGGUGGUGCUCUAAGCCAUGGGCUCAUUACAAGUGCUUCAAGUCUUAGUAGCAUUUGGCUAUUGUUUACAAGAUUUUUCUGUGUGAAUAUUGAAUCUCCAAAGUUAAACUAUAUCAAGGCUGAUAGCUGCUGCACUUGGCAGGUAGGAAUGAAUGACCUAACAUCCUCUGGGACACAAAUCUGCCGUGUAAUGGCUAGUCAAGCUUUAUUGUGUUAGUCAUUUGCAACACACUUGAACUUUCUUGGGAAUUAAAAAAAAAAAUGAAGUAUGUUCACUGUGGAGUGUCUGAAGUAUUAUUCUGAGAGAAAAAAAUCAGUUACUCCAUCAUGCCGAUAAUCAACAGUCUGUUAUUCCUGACCUUGAAAAUAUCAUCAGCUUAGCUAGGUAACUCAAUGCCAGUCAUAAAUUUGUAUGUAAGUUAUUGAUUGUUAAAUGUUGUGUUUGUCGUCGGGGAAGGAACCAUAUGUGUUCUUACAUUGAGUCUGGAAGCAAAUGACCCAUUUAAUUCUGCGACUCUGUAUGAUUCAAUUUACCUCUAGAGUAUCAUUGUUAAUUGAAAGGAAUAUAACAUGUAUGUUGAAGCCACUUCUAUUUCAGUCUUAAAAAUGUAAUUUUAAACCCCAUAGCAGCACUACUGUGGGAACUGAACAUUUUUCUGAUUUUGUUAAACAUAGGCAUAUUAUUUAUGAAAAAAUGUGUAUGUUGCUUGACAUGAAAAUAAAACCCUUUUCCUCUCCAUAGAGGCUGCAGUAGA